UCUUCCUCCUCUCUUUCUCUCAUUCUUUUUGAACCCUCACUACGUUUCUCUCUUCUUUCUUUCUCCCUCAUUUUCUCUCUCUUCAGAUUUAGCUUCAAAUGCUUUGGGUUCAUUGGUGUGAAAGCAGUGCUUACAGUGAACAGUGAUAAUAACAAAGACGAAGUAAACAGACAAACAAGCAAAUAUAUAAAUAGAACAUUCAUGAGUGCCUAUAUAUUACUCUCAGUCUCUCUCACUCUCUCACUCUCUCUCUCUCUCUCUCUCUCUCUUUCUCUCUCUCUCUGAUUUGGUGCAUGAGAGGACUCUUGUGUUUUGCUGGCUGCUGGGGAGGGAGUGAGUGAGCAAAUGAGCGAGGGAGUGAGGGAGGGAGGAUGGCAGUUACAAGUGCCCAAUCUCAGCUCACUGACAGCCUCUGGCACUCAUUUGAGAGAGAGAGGGAGGGAGAGUGAGAGAGAGAGGGAGGGAAAACUUGUUCCACAGAGCACCUUUUAUCACCUAGCACACAGAAACACAUUCUCCUCCACUUCUCUGGACUUGCACGCUGAAGAGCUCCACGCGGAUAAACUUUCCAGCAGGCUGCACGUGGACAUUACAGUGAGGGCAGAUGAUCAGCUUCGAGCGGCCCCCUCCAUUAGCAGCCGUGUGGACGGGGAGAGAUCCUCCCUCUGCGGCCAUCAUGCCUCUGAAAACCACCCAGACGCAGCAGCGGAGGAGAAUGAGGAGGAUGGAGAAGGCCAAGGCUGGACAGCGCUCCAAAAAGCUGGCCAUCCUGUCCCGUUCCCUCAUCAUCUGCAGCUCCAGGACCAGCGAUGACCUCCCCAGCCCAGAGGAGAAGUAUGGGUAUGGCGACUGGAAGGAAGUACACCAGGGAGCCCAUCUGGGCCAGCCACUUGUGAUGGGGCGUCCAGAAAAAGAUCUAAGCAGGAGCGUCAGUCUGCAGGCGCCGAAGAACUCAGAGGAACCCAAGAAGACCAUGAGGAGGUCUUUCUCCAUCAGGGAAAGCAGUUUCUGGAGAAUGUGUGUGGCUACUGGAGAGGAGGGUGGGCCGCUGGGGCCUCGAGUGGGCGAUAAUGACCUCCAGCCUGGUGACAAUAUCCUUACUGUUGGCCAUGUGCGAAAUGGAGGGCAAUUACACAGGGACAAUUAUAUCCACUAUGGUGAAAGGCUGGCCCCAUUCAAUGGGCAGGUUAUAAAUGGCCUCACAAAAAACGAGCCUGAGUUGGAGAGACAGUCGGCUAUGAAAACUGUCCCCAGAACAGUCAGCGCUGAAGUUUUCUCCAUGUGUGAAAACAGUGGGCUUUUGGCAAAUGUGAAUUCAUCUGACCCUUUGGCCUACAGAAAAGAAACACUGGGGACCAGCGGUAGCAUAAAGGUGCCUAUUAUUGAGGUAUCAGAGAUCAACAACAAAAACUCAGGCACUGAGGCAGAUGUAAAAGAAGAAAACUGUGAAGAUACAGCCUGUAAGAGGACUCGCUCCAACUCUACAAGCGUUCACCCAUACUGGAUCGGAGACUUGGACACCAUCAUUAUGAAAACGCCAGAGCUGUUCCCAUGUCGCGUCCACGCCACCACAGGCUUUUACGGCAACAGGAAAUCUCUCUCCCAACAGCUGGAAUUCCCUCACAGCAUUCCGCAGGCGGUGCCCAGGCCCUCUCGCUCUCUCAGUUCAGCACAUUUGCUUCACUCCUGCAGCAGCGUUCAGGCUUUCAUCAUCUGUAAUAUAGUCCUGAUGAAAGCGCCGGGGAAGGGUCUGGGCUUCAGUAUAGUGGGAGGCAGGGAUAGCAUGUAUGGUCCAAUGGGAAUCUACGUGAAGACGAUUUUCCCAGGUGGAGCGGCCGCAGCUGAUGGAAGACUGCAGGAAGGAGAUGAAAUUCUGGAGCUGAAUGGAGAGUCUCUGCACGGUCUCACUCAUGAGGACGCCUUACAGAGGUUUAAACAAGUGAAGAAGGGUUUGUUGACUCUGGUGGUGCGGACGAGCCUGCGGAUGGACGCUCUGUCGGGCAGUGGGACACAGGCGGCUCAGCUCUGUCGCUCCAGAUCUCUCAGCUCCACGGCGGGAAUCAGCAGGACCAGUGCUGACCUGGCCGAGUACACCUGCCUGGGAAACCCUGCCAAGGCACGAGACCGCAUCAUGAUGGAGAUCACAUUACAGAAGGAGGUCGGUGUGGGUCUCGGUAUCGGCCUGUGCUGUGUGCCGUCUGCUGAAGGCUGCCCUGGUAUCUACAUUCACACUCUGUCACCAGGAUCUGUGGCGCACAUGGAUGGACGCUUGAGAUGUGGUGAUGAGAUCAUGGAGAUUAAUGACACGGUGGUUUGCAGCAUGUCACUAAACGAUGUGUACACAGUUCUGAGUCAGUGCAGUCCUGGUCCGGUUCAAAUCAUCAUCAGUCGACACCCCGACCCAAAAGUUUCUGAACAGCAGCUGAAUGAGGCCAUUGCUCAGGCAGUAGAGAACAGCAAACUGAAGAGAGACAAGAGUCAGUGGAGUAUGGAGGGUCUAAGAAGGCUGGACCCCUGUUCACACAGCAGGCAGAAGUGUGAGCGCUGCCUGGAGCGGAGUCAAAGCCAGCUAACCUGCAGACGGGCCCAGAAACCCAUGAUGCGGUCCUGCAGUGAGGGUGCCUACAGUCAGCGCUGUGCACCAGCCAGCACCAAUACACUGCCCUAUCCACACCAAGAGCACAUCACCAGGGUACACAGCAUGGAUGCUUCAAUUACAGCCAAUUGUGAAGUUCCAACCAAUGGCAGAUUGUCCCCAGCCUCGUUGGCAGACGAUGACUACAAUGUCCCCUAUAACUCUCCAGCGAACUUUGCGGGGCAGCAGUCAUUAGAAGUGGCAGUGGGGAGGCCGAGGGGUUUCAAGGCCAGACCACGCUCUCUUCCGCGGCGGUACUGCAGGAGGCAGGAUGUCACCAGCGAAGAGGCGUUGACUGACUCGAGUGGCUCCAGUCGAGGUUCUCCACAGAAAGAGGAAGACCUGCUGCAUUCACAAAGCUACUGCCAGGAAGCGGACGAGCGUUUAGAAGGAACUAAAACAGCACUCUCUGAACCUGCCGCUGCUGCUGCGAGUGAAACACACAGGGAGGGGAGACAACACAGAGACUCAGAGACAUCCAUCCACGUGUGCAGUUCAUCUAAAAGAGCCGGCCUGAAACGUCAAGGCCGUGUUGAGUUAAGCCCUGACCAGCAAAUUGACCCCUGGGUGAAGAUAGCAGAUAGUCCAGAGAAGCACCUGCACCAUCCUAAAACCAUGAGUGACCACAAUGGGAAUAACGAGAUUAAUGGCACAGCAUCAGAAACCACAGAUGCCAUCUCAAGCUCAAAGCCAGAGGAAACCCCUGGUGCUAAAAAGGGUCCCCCAGUGGCUCCAAAGCCUUCCUGGGUACGCCAAAGCCUCCGAAGCAUUAAGUCUGGGAAAUCGCCAGCGGAGGCUUUUAAACAUCCAGACAGCAGGAGCCAUGAUGCUGGAAGGACCUUUGGCGUUAGUCUGAGAACCACUUCGUCAGCAGGGAAUCUAUCUAUCAAGCAAAAGAUCAGCUCAUUUGAGACCUUUUCUAACACUGAUGGAGCAGAGCGGACGAACAGAAGACAAGCUCCACACUCAUCCCUUCCUUUGACAGAAAAAAGUCAGGCACUGUUUGAGAAGGCACAGCCUGUAGACACCAAUAAUGCAGGGAAAGGUAGAACCUCUGUCAUCAAUGCAAAUGACAAUGACAAACCCUCUCAACCUGACACUUCUGAACCACCUCCCACCACCGAACCAUCUUCAGAAGUAGAGCAAACAACCUCUGAGAAAACAUCUUCAGAAAAAGAGCAAACAACAUCUGAAGAAACAGAGACAUGUGAUCCAGCUGUGGUUGAAAACCCCUCUGAGGAAUCCACAAACCCUCCAGAAGAGAUUCCAUCUAGAGCCGAAACAGAGGAGGAAGCGAGUCCUCCUGAGGAAGACUUGCCUUCUGUCGGGCAUUGCCCCAGAAGGUCUAGCAGUUCUAAAGAUCCUCCAUCGGAAAAGCCCUCAUCUUCAGAAGAUCAAGGAAGUCAUCCUGCAAGCUUAAGAACCAGGAGUCUACCUUUGAACACCAACCCUUCUACAGAUGCCAACAACCAAAGUGGUCUGGAGGGGGUUUCCCUAGAGAUCAUCCUGUCCUUCAGCAACCAGGUGUCCCAUGCCUUGAUGCGUUCCAUGCAAUCCCUUCCACAGUCCCCCUGCAAAAAGCUAGGUAACCCCUGGAAUGCCCCACCAGGAUCAUCUCUUUCAAACCCUUCAGAAGAAGAAGCUUCUUCAGAUGAGAAGCCUCCGCAAUCCCCAGAACCAGACAACAAUGACAAAGGCUUCUCUGUGAGCCUGGCUGAACUGAGAGAGCGCACUAUUGAGAGAGGAGAAGAGUGCGAGAAAGAUGAUGAUGGACUUGAAAGACCCCUCACCACACCCUCUGCAGUGUGCGCCCAGUCCCUGAUCUCAGCACUUCCUCCCCAAGAGAUCCAGCGGAUGAUCCAGGAGGUCAAAGACCUCGAUGAGGACACCCUAAAGCAACUGGAAGACAUCCAUGUAGUCAUUCUGCACAAGGAGGAAGGAGCUGGCUUGGGUUUCAGUAUUGCUGGUGGUAUCGAUCUGGAGAACAAAGCGACUACAGUUCACAGGGUCUUUCCACAAGGCCUUGCAGCUCAGGAAGGCACCAUUGAGAAAGGAGACGAGGUGCUGUCCAUCAACGGGCAGACACUGAAGAAUGUAAAGCACAGCGAUGCUACGGCAGCACUCCGCCAAGCGCGUGACUUGAAACAGGCAGUGGUUGUGGUGUGCAAGAGCAAAGAGGGAGGAGACAGCAGAGGAAAUAACGCUAACGACUCUAGCUGCAGCAGUGGCACAGAGCCCAGCUUCACAGCAGAUGAGAGUGGUGAUGUCUUGACCCUGGAGUUGGAGAAAAAUGCAGGUGGAGUGGGUUUUAGCCUGGAAGGAGGAAAAGGCUCCAUUCAUGGUGACAAACCUUUGGCCAUCAGCAGAAUCUUUACAGGCAGUACAGCGGAGCAGAAAGGUCUGCAGGUUGGUGAUGAGCUGCUGCAGGUCCAGGGCUCAGCUCUGCAAGGCCUUGCACGGUUAGAGGCCUGGUCCCUCAUCAAAGGACUUCCUGACGGGCCAUUCACCGUCAUCAUCAGGAGGAAGAAAGACGAAUAGAGCUAACUCCAUUACAAAAGUACUGUAAACAACCACCAUGGAGCCUAAGCAGUUGAACAGAGAAAGCACACAGAUUAAGCCUGGUCUUAUACUACAGUAUUAAUCACUGGAGAACCUCUAAUGACAAUGGAAUUACAUAAUAAUAGUAAUGACAACACCGUUGUAUUUGUAUAGCUGUUUUUAAAAACCCAAAGAUGUUUACAAUGGAUAAGAAAACAAACAUAAAAUAAGGCUAGGCUUAAUCUGCUUAAUAUCUCUAAAGGACAUUUGGCCUUGUUAUUAUGUUACUGUCUUAUGCUUAUUGGAGGUUGGUGAAAAAACAGGAAGGAGAAUACUAUUUCAAUACUGCUUUGCAUUUUCAAGCCAUUCAUCAGUUUCUCUGUCUUAUUACCAGGAGACUAGUUAUUAGGAUAUUUCAGAAAGCAGGCGUUCUCAGUCAGCCAGAUAACUUAAGCCAAAAGUCGAGCUUGUUCAAUAGAAGAUGAGCUAAGGCCCAUUCCUACUGGACUAUCCUCACUUUGGGCUUAAGCUAUCCAGCUUUACUGAAAAAUAAACCUGAAAUAACAUGCUACAAGAAACCUGCACUGAAAAAAAAAAUACUUGAUUCAAAUGUUUACAAAAUUUCUACAUGAAUAAAAUAAAUCACGUCAGCAGUUUUUGCCAAAAAACUGGAAAACAAAAUGGUGUAUAUUGUAUUCCUUUUCUUAUGUGGAAAUCUGAAUCAAGUACAUUUUUAAAAACUUUUUUUUUUCAGUGUAGCUUGUUUUGAUGAAAUGUUUGUUUAGAUCAAAUGUUCAGCCAUUUGUCUUGCUAUCCAAAAAGCUUCACACAGCCUUACUGAUGUUUUUUAUUCAUAAAAAUGAUUUCCGAUUAGGGCUGGGUAUCGAAAUUCAAAGCUUUUUGUAUACUCUCAGAAAGAAAGGUACUAAACUGGGUCACUGGGGGUGGUUUCAUCAUAACUUCAGUAUCUUUAGUUGGGGAACAUAAUUGUACCAUAUUCCGAUGCUGUUGUUUGAAGUUGCAUUGACUCCAUUUCUAUUUUAAACCAUUUUAUUUUUCUAUUUUAAAAAGUACCCUUCUACUAGGAAAAUGAGUGUAGUGUACCUUUAAACUCCUUUAAGCUACACAGUUGGACCUUAAAGACACUGUUUUACGUUUGAAGGUACAUUUACAUUGCACACUAGUACCGUUUUCAGUGUAGUAUCAACUAAAUUACUACAAUACUACCAGGUAUUGAAACAUUCAGUACCGAAUUUCAACAUAGAAGUAGUUGGUCUUAGCAUCUAUAAGCCAAUAAGCAUGCAUGUUCUAAAAUCUAGACUGCUGAUUGGCUGUCUAAAUUCAUUAUGCAUGUUAUUGAUGUUAGUGCUUCUUGAAUAGUCUGCUGUUUACCCAAUUCCAGCGCCUCAUACUAGUGGCUUCUGCUUUAAGCCAUACCCACUUUCGGCCUGUAAUUUUAAAAGAAGGUAGUGGGAAAAGUAUCGUUCAGGAAACGCUACCAAACUCAAGGUAUUGACAUUGGUGUUGAUUUUUGAGCAAUACCCAGCCCUAAUUCAGACCUCUCAGCACAUGUAAACAGUAUUUCAGAAUGAAGUUUCUAUGCAUUGUGUUGACAGACGCACUGCUUAUAAAAACUGCCUUUGUACUGUUGUACAAACACAGUCAGGGAUUCAUGGGGACUUGACUGCACUCAAGUUUGCCUGUUUUAAUAAGGAGAUUUGCACAAACCCUGUACAUAGAGAUACAAAACUAUUUGUAAGGCACUCUAACCAGAGUAUUUAACCAGAUCCUUCAUUAAGCAGAUUGUUCUCAUGUAAUAUGAUGUUUUCACAAAUGCAUGCAACAACCAAAUCAGGGUCUUUUUGCCCUAAAAUAUACUUUUUUGAAGGGUGAAGAAUGGGUUGUUGCGGCUCUACUCUUAAUGCAAUAAUUUCAGACCAAAUAUUCAAACACGACAUGCCUCAUUAUAGUAAUGGGAAUUUGAUUUAUUCUUGAAAGAAUCAGUACAUUAUAUUACAUACAAAUAUGAUCGGAAGCUCCCGCUAAUGAAUGUUGUUCACUUUUUUUUUGUGUACAGAGUAAGUUCCUAAUAUAUAAAAGGAUUCUGUUUGACUGAGUGGAAAAUGUUAUUGUAUUAUUUUUUCCCCCCCAAAAAAACAAUAAAAAAUUGACUAUGCAAUUAA